GGUCAAAAAAAUUGUGACCCAACAACAAUAAUUAUGAAAAAAUAAACCAAAAGAAAUAAAUUAAAAUAGGAAGGAAAGAGACGAGACCCUCCUACAAAAGCUUCUUUUGAUAUUUCCCACAAACUGCAGGAUUCUUGAAAUUGAUCAAGAAUAUAUCCAAGUAAACGCUGACCGUCCGAUUAGAUGACAUAUGUCGCCGGCGUUGACCGAUACCGGCGAUUCACAUCAUAAAGGUCGGAUUUUUAACUCUCAAUCUUCAUCUAAUAAUAGUAGUAAUAGUUUUUGAGAGCAGAAAGCAUUUUGUGGGGGGUUUCAAUGGAUCACAAUCUUGGGUUUACUUCACCGGGUCAGGUUCAAGAUCCGAACCCGUAUCCAUUCGGGUCUUCUGGUCCCUCAAGGCUGCAAAAACCAAGAUUGUAUAAGAAGAAAUACACGGGUGUUAAUAGACAGGAACAAUCUUUCAACAACCCUUUUAAGGGUGUUGGUGAAAUUCAAAAAAUGAAUAUGGGUCGGGUCGGGUCGGGUCACGGGGAAUUUGGACAUGCGGGUUUUGCUUCUGGGGUUGAUAGGAGUGCUAAUGUAGAUAUUGGUAAUAGGAAGAACCAAAUUCAAGAAAUGGAUAUGGGUCGGGUGGGGUCGGGUUAUGGGGAAUUUGGGAAUGUGGGUUUUGCUAGUGGGGUUGAUAGUAACAAAGGAUUUGUUUUUGGAGCUAGUAAAAGUAGUGGUAGUUAUGAUAAUAGUGGUUUGGUUGGUACAAUUCCUGUUAUUGAUGAAAUGAAGAAACUGAAAAUUGAAAGUGAGAAGAGAAUGAAUGAUAAGGGAGGGUCUUUUGUGUUUACGGGUUGCGAUGCGGAACUUGAUGAAAUGGUAAGCAAAGAAGUGGAGAACAAGUUGAAUAUCAAAAGUGAGAAGAAAAUGAAUGAUAAGGGAGGGUCUUUUGUGUUUACGGGUGGCGAUGCGAAACUUGAUGAAAUGGUAAGCAAAGAGGUGGAGAAGAAGUUGAAUAUCAAAAGUGAGGGAAAUGUUGACUCAGCGCGUAAUAUGGACAGUGUAAAAUCCAAGUUUAACAUGUUUGGCAAUGUUGAUAAUAAAUUUGGUGGGGGUGUAGGAGUUGAACUCAUGAAUGAUAUGAACAAGUUGAAUAUCAAAGAAAGAACUGAAAAUGACAUGAAGGACAAUGCGUAUAAGGACAGUGGCUCUCGAGGUGGAAGCUCGGAGAACUUGCUCUACGAUAAGAUGAAAAACAUGCAUAUAAAUGAGCCUAUGGGUUCUUUUGUUGCUAAUGAGAAGGUAAAAGUCGAUCCUAGUGGAAGCCUUGCUGGUCAAACACAGACCAAUAUGCCUGCUUCUGCAAUAAAUGUGGAUAAAGGGAAGACUGAGUUUUCAGGCAAUAAGAAUGCCGCUGGAAUUUCAGAUUCGAUUCCAUCAGGGUUCUCAUUUCAGGCAAGGACGCAGAAUAAUCACUUUACUAAUCAGGUCCAUCUAGGCCCUCAUACUGGUGAAUCUGUGAUGAGUAACUUUGAAGCACCAUCAACUGAUAGAACUGGAAAGAAGGUUGAAUUUAGUUUCACUACCAAGUCUGAUGGUACGGUAAUGCAAAAUUUUACACCAACUAUUAAAGGAAGCUUAAGUAAGAAAAUAGAAAGUAGAAGGGAAGCAACUAAAGAUCCCAGGUACAAGAAAAAGAAAGGGAAACCUAAGCAAACACUCUCAACGCCGAUGAACUUUGCUCAAGACUUUGCCUUCAGAGGAAGUUCAGAAGAGAAUGCUGAACCUUCCGAACCAUAUUCACCAAUGGAUAUUUCUCCAUAUCGCGAAACGUCAGCAGAUAAUACACUUUCAAGAGAAACUUCUGUAGCUUCUGAUGAGUCGUUCAUUAUGAAUGAGAAUUAUGGAUCUAGUGAUUCACGUCCAGCAGUUUCAAAUGAUGUAGCAGAUGAAGAUCUGGUAGAUGCAACAGUACGCAUGAAUAUCAAUGAAAAUGAUGUGACAUACAAUGAAACACAAGAAGCAGAAUCUAGACACUCUAGUCAUCAUGGUGUAGAUACGGAGACUGAGACUGAAUGCUUCAAAUCUGCUACAGAGCAUUUAGAUUAUAGUACUGCUGAUUCUUUCAUAACUGCAGCAGAUACUGAAGUGACUUCCAGUUCAACAAUUGAGAGACAAGAUAGUGAUGGGGGAAGUCAGUUUAAUGUUGCUUCAAAUUUAGAAGAGGCUUGCCAGGGUAGCUUUAUAUUUGCUGCAUCCUCUGUUGCUCAAAAUCAGAUAGCAGCAGCAGCACGCCAACAGAAGAAGAAAAAUCGAACGAAGCUCAUUAAUGAUUCGUGUAGUUCAACUACAAAAUUGUCCUACUCCUCACCCGUGCAAUUUUUUGGAUCAUCUUCUCUUUCAUCUCCCACUCAGAGUAAGAAAGGAGAUAUACCUACUAUGAUAAGCCAUAGCCAGGGCAAUAAUGAACCAGCUAGGGUCAAGGAGGUCAACCAUGAAACAGUUGCUGCAAGCAUGGCUGCUCAGGAAGCAUGUGAAAAAUGGCGAUUGAGGGGGAAUCAAGCCUAUGCAAAUGGAAACUUAUCUAAAGCAGAGGAAUGCUACACACAAGGACUGAACUGUGUGUCUGAAAGUGACACAUCUAAGAGCUGUCUUCGGGCUUUAAUGUUAUGCUAUAGCAACCGUGCAGCAACACGUAUGGCUCUCGGAAGAAUGAGAGAAGCACUAGAGGAUUGUAUGAAGGCUGUUGCAUUAGAUCCGAACUUUUUCAGGGUCCAAGUUCGAGCUGCAAACUGUUACCUUGCCCUCGGGGAAGUCGAAAAUGCAUCAAAGUUUUUCAUGAAGUGCUUGCAACAUGGGCCAGAGGCAUGUGCGGAUAGAAAGAUAUUGGUGGAAGCCUCAGAAGGCUUGGAAAAGGCACAGAGGGUAUUAGAAUGCAUGAAGCAGUGUGUGGAACUAUUGCAAAGACGAAGGCCAAGUGAUGCAGAGUUGGCCUUGGGCGUGGUCUCUGAGGCUUUGACAAUAAGCACCUAUUCAGAGAAACUACUCGAAUUGAAAGCAGAUGCUCUUCUUAUGCUGCGGAAGUACGAAGAGGUGAUCCAGUUAUGUGAGAAGACACUUGAAUUUGCUAAGUCAAAUACUCUGCCAUAUAAUUCCAGUUACCAGUCAUCAGAGUUAGAUAGUGCGAUCACAGGGAGAAGUGCUUCCUCCGGGCUCCGGUGCUUUUCUAAAAUAGUGAAGUCAUACUUUUAUCUCGGGAAGCUUGAAGAGGCUGAUAGUUUUCUGAAGAACCAAGAGAAAUCGUUGUGUCUAAUGGAAAGUAGUGGACUCAAGAAUUUAGAAGCUGUUGUUCCUCUUGCUGUAACAAUACGUGAGCUAUUGUGCUUUAAGGCAGCUGGAAAUGCAGCAUUUCAAUCAGGAAAGCAUGCAGAAGCUGUUGAGCAUUAUACUGCUGCAGUAUCAUGUAAUUUUGAGUCACGGCCUUUCACAGCAAUCUGUUUCUGCAAUCGUGCUGCUGCGUACCGAGCUAUGGGGCAAAUUUCAGAUGCCAUUGCAGAUUGCAGCCUCGCGAUUGCCCUUGAUGGGAAUUAUGCGAAGGCACUCUCAAGACGAGCUUCUCUUUUCGAGAUGAUCAGAGAUUAUGGACGAGCAGCUUCAGAUCUUCAGCGACUUGUAUCCCUUCUGACAAGGCAUAUGGAAAAUAAAGUCGGUGGAUCUGGAUCCAAAAUGAGUUUCGUAAAUGAGAUUCGGCAAACACAACAAAAGCUUUUGACCAUGGAGGAAGAAGCCAGAAAGGAAAUCCCCUUGAAUUUUUACCUCAUAUUGGGAGUUGAUCCAUCUGUUGGUGCAUCAGAAAUUAGGAAAGCCUAUAGAAAAGCUGCGCUCAAGCAUCACCCUGAUAAGGCUGGGCAAUCACUGGCUAGAAAUGACAAUGCGGAUGAUGGACUAUGGAAAGAAAUAGCAGAAGAAGUCCACAAAGAUGCUGACAAGCUCUUUAAAAUGAUAGGAGAGGCCUAUGCAGUGCUUUCGGACUCUGCAAAGCGUUCACGUUAUGACCUUGAAGAAGAGAUGAGAAAUAAUCAAAGCAGAGGCACUGAGAGCAGCACAUUUAGAGCACACACGGAUUUUAAUACUUCUCACUUUGAAAGAAGUGGAAGUAGAGGCCACUGGGAAGAUGUUUGGAGAGCAUAUAAGAGUACCUAGUCCAGAGAAUCAGAUAGAAAUAGAGCGAACUGGUAGUUGUGAUGAACUUGCGGUACUUUAAGCUUCAUACAAUUCGAUGCACCUCAUGUUCAGCAUUCUGCUUGCGUGUGUAGUCAUCUCAUGGGAGAAAUGACUUGCAGAACUUAAAAUAACAGGCGUGAAAUUUGUGGAUGAAGUAUUCAACAUACUGACACUCGGCCUUCCAUAAUUGGCACUUCCUGACUAGGCAUUCGAGCAGGAGCACAAAGAAAAAUUGUUGCAUAAACCUUGUUUGAGGAUUCUCAACAAUGGGUUUUUGUAGCUUGGAGAAGCAUUAGCAUCAAGCCAAACUCAUGCUUACAGAUAUGUUUAGGCAACAAACAAGGAAGGCCUGCACAUGGUUGUAUAGUUAUCGAACAUUGUGAAUUAGUACAGAAGCUGUUCAUGGCCCUGGAAACCCUGCUAGUUUUGGUGCUAGCAGAGACCAACUCAACAGUUUGAGAAGGAUGCUGUGAAUGACUAGUUUUGCUGAGUCAAAUAUCUAUCAUUUGCUAUUCUAGUGUAGUUCUGCAUUUAAGUUUUAAGCUAUACUUGUAAUUUCGUUUGUGUACAGUAAGUGUUGCUUGUAUUUGAAACGUCCUAAGAAAUAGAGUGAGGUUAUUUUCUUCUUUUAUUUUUUUCUUUUUCAUUUUCCUGAUUGUGGGUGGGGUUUUGUGUUAUUGUAAUACAUCAAAGUCAAUUAUCUUUUGACGAUCAAUUUGAUAAUUAUUUGAUUUGUUUUUGGCCAAUGAAA